UUAAGUUACUUCUUGAUUUUUGAAAUGUAUCCAAUGAAAAAAUAAUAAAAAGUAAUGUGUCCAUAUAUAGUAUUCGUGUUCACGCAUGCGGUUUUCGUAUGUGGGCUAAAAUGACGUCAUAAACAAAAGAGAGAAAAAGAGAGACAUAUAAAGAGAGAGGAAGUAAGGAUAAUAAGUGGUAGGGGAAAUUGAUGUACACGUGUGCGCAAGUAUAUGUGCUCCCUGGUUCCCGUGGCCGUGGCAUCGUAUAGUUCAUAGAGUGGUGGAGGAGUGUGUCAGUUGCUUGGGAAGUCUGCUCUUGUCGUGUGUGUCUAUGAUUACGGGUGGUAAGAUAACGCGAGAGAUUUUACCGAAGUAAGGGUAGUGGAUUUCGAUUAAACGAAAUUAAUACGUACCACAUGCACAACUAAUUAAGAUGCUCAUCAAAGAAUUCCGUGUCACUCUACCUUUGACCGUGGAAGAAUACCAAGUUGCUCAAUUGUAUUCCGUGGCAGAAGCAAGCAAAAAUAAUACAGGUGGAGGAGAAGGUAUAGAGGUUCUAAAAAAUGAACCCUUUAAGGAUUAUCCUCUACUCGGUGGGAAGUAUUCUGCGGGUCAAUAUACUUAUAAGAUUUAUCAUCUAGCCAGUAAAGUGCCUGCUUUUAUUCGUAUCUUACUUCCAAAGAAUUCUUUGGAAAUUCAUGAAGAAGCUUGGAAUGCAUAUCCAUAUUGCAAAACUGUUAUAACUAAUCCGGGUUAUAUGAAGGAUAACUUUGUAAUUAUGAUAGAAUCUUUUCAUAUUGGAGAUUGUGGAAAUCAGCAUAAUGUUCAUGAAUUACCUCCUGAUAAGCUUAAAAUAAGAGAAGUAGUACAUAUAGAUAUAGCAAAUGAUUCUAUUGCAAGUGCUGAUUAUAAAGAAGAUGAAGAUCCAACAAAGUUUAAAUCACAGAAAACAGGACGAGGUCCUCUUGUAGGCAAAGAUUGGAUGAACAAUGUUCAACCUGUGAUGACAUGUUAUAAGCUAGUUACUUGUGAAUUUAAGUGGUUUGGGUUGCAAACACGCGUUGAAAGUUUUAUUCAAAAAGCAGAAAGACGUCUGUUCACAAAUUUUCAUAGACAAGUUUUUUGCUGGAUAGACCGUUGGUAUGGAUUAACAAUGGAGGAUAUCAGAGCUAUUGAAGACAAUACUAAAGAAGAAUUAGACAGGCAAAGACAUCAAGGAGAAGUACGUGGAAUGCGAGCCGAUGAUUGAGGUUUCAAACGCCUCUGUCAUAAAUGGUUUAAAUCAAUUUCCUUAUACAUGUCAUACAUAGAUACAUGCGCAUACCUAUGGAUGUAUACCCAGACAAACCCUGCCAUAGGCGAUCCUGCAGGAUCGGGACAUUUUCCAGAACUUAUGUGUCUAGAUUCAGUGUCUAUUACAAUUACUUACAAUUUUAAUUUAUUUACAUUUACAACCAUUUUAGAUAAAUGUACCUACAGUCAAAGAUUGUCAUUAGAAUAUAACUGUUAACAUGGAGAACUGAUAUAAAUCGGUCCUAUUUAAGUAAUACAUAAACUAUGAAAAGAAGAGAAUUUGGUUUGUUUAAAACCAAUAUAGAUAAAGAACAGUAAUGAUUAAUAACUUAGUAGUUCGAUAAUAAUAUAUAAUAAAAUUUGUCAACAAGCAACUGAAAUUGCUUGAUACAAGGUACAUACAAGGGUAAAUGUGAUUUGAUGUGAAUUUAAUUUAUAGGCAGAUGUUUAAAAGGGGGAAAAAAGAAAUAAAAGAGAAAAAAGAUCAUAAGAUUUAGAUCUUAUCACGGUAAAAAUCUGGUUAUGUAUUCAUAUAAUUAAAUUGGGUAGAUAAGGUACUUUUGCUCUUGUAUCUUCAAGCUUACUGGCAUAUUGUGAUGAUGUUCUCCAGCAUUCCUCAAGGCCUGCACAAUGUAUUAUAAUCAGGAAAUUAAAGAAAUCUAUUUUGUUAGAAUCACAA